AUGUCAAGAGACGGGUGCUCUGAAGAACAAGCGCAGAGCAGGGUCAACGCACAACUUGUGUUGGACUGGAAGAAGUCGGAAGCUGACAUAGUGAUCGACAACUCUGGAUCACUGGAUAACACCAGACAACAGUUCCGUGAAGUGUUGAGGAAAGUCUAUGAGCCCUUAACAUGGAAGGAACACUUGAGAUCUCGAGAUGGCCUGAUCUCUGUUGUCGUGUGCACGGAAGUGGGCGUUUUACUUGCCCGGAAGAAUCUGCUAUGA